AUGGGUAUCGACGUUGCAACCUACUCCGCUCAACCAGUUACGCUUGCAAUCAUAGGAUGCGGGAGUCGUGGCCAGGCUUAUAGCGCAUAUGCUAUCGCGGAGCCGACCAAAUGCAAGGUCGUCGCUAUUGCUGAACCGCGGCCGAAGACGCGGAACCUUGUGGCUGAAGCGCAUCUUGUUGAUCAGACACUCGUCUUCAACUCAUGGGAGGACUUGCUGAAGGCUUCUGAGGAGAAUCUCAGAGCAUCUGGGAAGCGUUUGGCCGAUGCGGUCAUUGUAGCCGUACAAGAUUGCAUGCAUUUGGAAGUGACGCUAGCCUUCGCUGAGCAAGGUUAUCAUAUCCUCUGCGAGAAACCCAUGGCGACCAGUAUAGAUGAUUGUGUCAAGAUGGAAGCGGCUGUGACGAAGGCCGGCAUCGUCUUUGGUAUGGGCCACGUUUUGCGGUACUCUCCUUACAAUAAGGCUAUAUCCGAUAUAGUCUUCUCGGGCCAACUCGGCCAACUUGUAAACAUAGUUCAUCUCGAACCGGUAGGCUACUAUCACUUCGCACAUUCAUACGUUCGCGGCAAUUGGGCAAGAGAGGAGGAGUGCUGCUUCUUUCUCAUGACCAAGAGUUGCCACGAUAUCGACCUUCUGUGCCAUUUGCUCAAGCCUGCUACUCCCAAACGUGUCCAGUCCUUUGGAUCGUUGCUGCACUUUCGCAAGGAGUCCAAGCCCAAGGAGGCAGGCGAUGCUACCCGCUGCUUACAUUGUUCUUAUGAGCGGGAAUGCCCUUACAGUGCCAAGAAGAUUUAUUUGGAUCCUGUUUCAAACGGACACACUGGGUGGCCUGCAUCGACGAUCGUCGAUGGCAUGCCGGAUAUCGAGAAUAUCACGUUUGCUCUUCGGAAUGGACGUUACGGACAGUGUGUCUAUGAAAGUGAUAACAACGUCUGUGACAAUCAGGUCGUCAACAUGGAAUUCUCUACUGGAUCCACCGUCUCCUUCACGAUGGUCGCGCAAACUGAGCGUAUCUGUGAACGCCAGACGCGGAUGCACUUCUCGCAUGGCGAGAUCAUCGGAGACAUGAACACCUUUACCGUCACUGAUUUCCGCACUGGGAAGACGACACAUCAUGCACCGAAGAACGAAGGCGGUAGCCACGGCGGCGGAGAUCUCGGUCUUGUCCGAACUUUCGUCGAGGCCGUUCGUACCGGCAGACAGGAUUUGCUUGGUACUGACGUGCGUGAGGUAUUGAAGAGCCAUCUGACUGUCUUCGCCACAGAGGAGAGCCGCAAGAAGGGCACGGUUGUCAACUGCGAGGAAUUUGAGCGCGUGGCGAAAGCGGCUAUUCUAGCGUAGACCGACCAUUCUAGGAGCCUGUAGGCUACGAGCAGUGCCUGUUAGUGAGCUAUCUAGCGGAUGUGGAAAUUAUGUGAUGCGAAGUAAACCAUUCAGAAC